AUGCCUGUCGACGAAGAUGCGGCUGACGUCUUUUCCAUUCCCGAUUUCUGGAGACCGUCGGGCUGGCUACGCCGCGACAUAUCCGGGAAUGAGGGGACCUCGAGCUUCUUUUCCCUCGACCUGAGGGAGGUUGAUGCGCGGAGGAAGAGGGAGAUGAGGAUGAUCACUUUUACCGACGAUUGCGACAGUAUUAUCGACUACUGGCUUCGAGAUGAGCCAGUCCAUAGGACGCCGGAGUAUAAAUCGUGGGAUACCUUUGGUAUGCAGGAGGCACCGAGACUACAAGGCCUUUAUGUUUCGGAAGCGGGUCCGAGAGUCUACGACGCCCUCCUAAGUGCCCCUGGCGACCCUCUGGGGCUGAAAAACGGCCAGCACGUUGUCGUCGACACAAAGACAUAUUUUUCAGCUCUUAUGGCCGUAGCCGUAGGCCGCGAGUCCGUCCUUUCACGUACCACCAUGUCUAUAGGCUGCGGCACGGCGUUCCGCAGGUUGCGGAAGCUCGUGGACUCGACGUACGUUAAACACCCGAGCGCCGUCCGCGUCGCUCUCGCAAGCGCCGUCAACACCGCCCUGGGAGUGAUCGAGACCACAAUUGCCGUCGAGGGCCCGCGAGCGCGGUCCCUCCUGCAGCUGCAGGUCAAGAUACGCGGCAUCUCUCUAAUCCUUGCCGAGUUCGACGCCCUUGUCGGGAAUCUCAAGUCUCGCCACGCCGAUGAUGUCGUGCUCGCCCAGGUGUUCCGGCGCGCCAGGGCAGCCGAGCACAAGGACGUGUACGUCCGGGACACGAUGCGCGAGGUUCUGCAAAGGGUGGCGCGGCCGUGGCUUGACUUCAUGGAGGAAUGGUCUGGUAUACGGCCCGAGUCAGGAAUCGCGCUGAGCAAGGGCGAUGUGGGAAGGCAAAAGUUCUUCGUCAGGGUGGCUCCGGAGGUGUAUAUUGACGAUUUCGGACAAGAGGUGGAGGAGGUCGACUAUCGACUCGACCGAGAGGCGGUGCCGGAGUUUUUGCCCGAGGAUCUUGUGGAUGCGCUCUUUGAGGUGGGGAAAAAUAUUCGAUUCAUCCGAGCAGGCCAUCCGGAGCACCCACUCGCCCAGCAAGAUACUAUUACCUCGAGCGACCCGCCCCGGAAUAACUGGUUGUACAACUGGGACGCGAUAUUAUCUCUCGAACAGAGGGUUUCAGAUUACGAACAGGCUCUGUCGGCCACCAUCUCGAGGGCGAGGGCGGAAAAUGGCCAUUGUACAGCUCACACGAUAGACCUGGGGGCCACGCCCGCCCAACCAUACGAUCUUCAGGUAUUUGGGGCUGAUCCUUCCCAAAUCGAGCACCUCAUCCUCUCUUCUAUACGGGAAUUAGACCAACCACUAGCCGAGACUGGCGAGCCGGAUAGCCUCCAGGGUAUCAUCAGCAAACGGCUCUCCGACGAUCAUCAUACUGUCCGAUAUGAGGACCAUGGUUUGGACUUGAGCCCACACUGGUCUCUACUACCGUCGCUAUCUUUUGGGCCGAUUGUGGCGGCCCAGGGCCGCAUCAUCAACCGCGAAAGUCUGCGGCUUUUAUUCACGACGCACAAUCUCCGACGCCACCUGCGUGCGCAAAGGCAGUUUCAGUUGUUCGGCAACGGAAUGUUUUGUAGCCGCCUUUCCCACGCCCUAUUCGACCCAGAUAUGGAAACGGCGGAGCGGCAAACCGGCACUUACAUCCCAGAGCCAGGGGACGCGCCGGGCGGCCAGGCCGGUUUGGUGGGUCCUCUUGAGCUACCUGGGGAUAUGAGUUUCUCUGUACGAGACAUGGCGCCCGAGGAUGUGGACCGGUGCUUGGAUCAAGACGCGAUCGAGGCGUUGGACUUUCUCAGGCUGUCCUACAAGGCUCCGGCGGCCCUCGCGUCCAUCUUCACGCCGAUGAUAUUGAUGCAUUACGAUCGUAUUUUCAAGCUUAUGCUCCGGGUGCUCCGGGUGCUGUAUGUGAUUGGCCAACUCUUUCAGGAUAUCAACUCGAGGAGGUGUCGCUGGUAUAACCCGAGCCACGCCGCGGUGCGGUUCUGCUUCGAGGCGCGGACUUUUGUCCAGGGUGUGAGCAGCUACUUUGUGGACGUGGGCAUCUCGCAGCCAUGGCAGGUGUUUGAGCUCUGGCUCGACAAAGUCGAGCGGGGCGUAGACGGAGCGGACGGGGAGACGUGUGAUCACAUCAUGCACGCUCUUCUUCUCAGAAAGCGGCAGCAGCCGGUGCUGAAGCUCUUGGACGAGAUUUUUACGUGCAUACUGCAAUUUGCUAAACGGGUCAGGACGGCACCCAAUGCGACAGGCCAGGGCGAGGACGAGGAUCAAGGCCAGGCCCACGAAAUGGGACCGGAGGUACGGGAUUUGUACCGGUCGUUUAGGAACAAAGUAGAAGUGUUUAUCACGGUUUGCCGUGGCCUUGCUGAAAAGGGCGACUCAAGCCUGAAAAAGGAAGCUGUCGAGAUAUUGGAUGACGUCAGGCAUGGCGUCCAACUCUUCCUCUCGUCCCUCGACAUCUCGUCGACAGUCUGCUGCAAACACACUUUACUCGGCCCCGUCCUCUGCCACGGGAGCCCACGCCACCGAUCUAGCGGAAUCUCUUCAAAAACUCACCCUCCUCACCUCUCCCGCCUCUGCAAGGUCCCCAAGGAGUCCCGGCCAGGUGCCCUCUUUUCGGAAUCAGGGCACCAGGAGAACGAGCAUGACCAGGCCGCAGGCGCCCUGGUCAUCCUUCACGAUUCUUGCUAUGGACACCAAUUUUCCAGGCCAUCGGCUUCUGCCGACGACUUGGCUACCAUCGUCGAACGCCCAGAGAGACUAAGGGCGUGCGCUUUGGGCAUCGCCGCCGCCUAUGUCAAGCUGGGUGGACGCCACGCGGACGGCCAGUAUCCCAUCCACCCAAAGCUUGACCCCAAGACUAUCCCCGACGCGCCGUUUAGAAUCCGGCGAGUCACCAGGAAGUUGCCCAUUACCUCUCCGGCCGUAGUCGGCGUGCACGGCAAGCCCUGGAUGGAGGAGCUUCGUGCCAUGUGUCUGACAACGCGGGCUCGAUGGGCCAAGAACGAAUGCGAAAUCCUCCGAGACGAUGUGAAUCUCAGGCCUGGCCAGCAACCAAAGCCCAAGUUCCAUCCCGGAGAUCUGUAUCUUGCUCCAGAGUCGCUCGACGCGAUGGAGGGUGCUCUCGGCGCCGUGUGUGAGGCUGUUGAUCAGGUCUUCACCAGCGGGCCCCGCAGGUGCUUUGUCUCUAUCCGACCUCCGGGCCACCACUGCUCUGAAGACUUUCCCUCUGGCUUCUGCUGGGUGAACAAUGUCCACGUCGGUAUCGCGCACGCCAUGAUGAAUCAUGGUUUGACCCACGCUGCUAUCAUCGAUUUUGAUCUUCACCACGGCGACGGGUCCCAAUCGAUCGCCUGGAGCCAUAACCACCGUAGCAAGUAUAACAAGAGGGGCCUCGCCAAGUGGAGGAAAACCUCGAUUGGUUAUUUUAGUUUGCACGACAUUAACUCUUUCCCGUGCGAGUACGGCGAUCCCGAAAAGGUGAUGAACGCCAGCAUCUGCAUCGACAACGCACACGGCCAGAACAUUUGGAACGUGCAUCUUCAGCCAUGGUCCACCGAGCCCGAGUUCUGGGAGAUUUACAACUCGAGCUAUUCCGUGCUCAUCGACAAGGCCGCGGCCUACCUGAAAACUCAGACCAGAUUCGACGCCAGCCAGUGGGAGGGCGGUGGUAUGCAGAGGCACUCGGUCCAGGUGCCCACUGACUUUUAUGCCCGGAUCACCCGAGACGCCGUUGCCCUCGCCAUGGACCCCGACACAGCCGCCGAAGGGCGUGUCAUCAGUGUCAUGGAAGGUGGUUAUAGCGACCGCGCGAUCGCCUCGGGCGUUCUUAGCCACCUGAGCGGCCUGGUGGCCAGGCCAAUAGCCCAGGACGCGUUUUUGUCCGAGAACGGCAUCAAAGAGGAAGACGUGGAGUCUGACGGAGGACCCCGCCACGCCGUGCCUCCCACGUAUAGCUCCCCUACCCACGCCUCGACAGCCAAGGCUCUCGACCCUGCCAACCUACGUCGCAGCCUUUCCGGUUUAAACACGUCGAAUGGCAUCCCAUCUCGCCCGCCAACUCCGCCGCCUCCCGAGGUGCCCUGGCCGAUUGCGACGCAGGAGCUUUUCAAGCUCUUGGUUCCAGAAGAUCGCCGUACCGUGAGUCUCACGCAUGCGGAGAUUGGUGAAGUCGCCGCGCAAUGCAAGGUGGAUUUCCCUGCCCUGCAGAAACCGGUUGGCGGAUCGCAACUGGCCCACGGCGCCGCGAGGGUGGUAGGGCGAGAUCGAAAGACCAAGCUUGUCGAGCCGAUCCGCGAAGAGGAAGGGAUGGAGAAACUGGCCAAGGGCCGUAGGAAGACGACCGCUGUCGGUUUUGGUCUCCCGCCUGCGAAGUCGGGAGGGUUAGACCCCCAGUCCGUCGGUCCGCCAGACGAGCUAGCACUGCGUCUGUGCUACUGA